AUAAUUAUAUAUAAUAUUAUAAUUUAUAAUACAUAUAAUAUUUUAUAUAGUUUACCUUCUGCGCAUUCCUCGAAUUCUGUAUGACGCCCGUAAAAACAACGUUGUCGGACGAGCCGUAAUAAUUUGACUGCAACUGCAAGAUGUUAGUCACAUUGGCGGUAGGCACUUGCGGUCGUCCGGUUGCUAUCGUUGACGCAGCAUCCUGUGUAGCAGUGACCGCGCUCACGACCGCUUUACCCUCGCUGUUGAUCCCUUCUUCCGACUCAUAGCUUCCAUAUUCCGUGGUCUUUGCAGCUUCCUCGGCAAUAAGCGGACUGGACGAAGAUAGAGCCUCGUUUGAUCUCUGAUCCGGUUCCUGUUUCUCGCAAGUGAUCUGUUUGCUCGCGGCGAUUUCCAAAAUCUGCGUUACGUCCUCGAGAUGUCCAAUCUGAGCGGCCGGUCCUUCUUUCGUGUCCCUCACGUCGCUUCCGUCUAUCUCGAGAUCCAUCGUCGAACCUAUAAGAAAGUUGUCCGAAGAUAUCGGCGGUGUCGCUUGCCGAUGAACGUCGACGAACGACGUUUUGGUAUCUUCCUCCGCUAUCUUCUCCUUGAUUUCUGGACUCUUCAGCUUCGGUAAAGUCUCCUCUCUUUCCCAAUCUACCGAACUGCUUCCCGUGACUUCGAACUCUGACGAUGAAAUCGGAGAUGCAAUUGUCGGUGUUGCUGUAUUAUCGCAAAUCGUUGAAUUCAUCACGGUAUCGUCGGUGUCAUUCAUCUUCACAUCCUUCUCGAUCGUCGAACUCGAUGAGCUUUCGUGCCAGCUUUUAGAUUUUAAAUUUUGCUUCAGACACUCUAGAGCAGUUGGCUGGAUCGCAAUGUAAACUCUGGGUAGCACUGGUGGACUGUCUCUCAUCGCAUCCGGUGAUUUACCUCUCUCAUAGUUGAUAGGAGAGCGAGGUGACAGCUUCGGCGGCUCCGGAGAAGGAGACGGGGAAACACUGCUUCUCGAUACUCCAUUUAUCUUUUCAACAUAGACAUUAUUAGUAGAAACGAUAUUGAAAUAAUUGGCAAAUUAAAUUUUUAAGUCCUCUUUGACAAACAGAAAAUAAUUUUUGUUCUAAAAAAACGGUUUCACAAGUAAAUUAGACAACUAAUCAUCUUUACCUGUGCAACGUCAUUGUCGAUGAUUUUCUCUGAAAUCGAACGCUCGUCCAGCUCAUAGUCGAGAUCGAUGACGACGUCGUCGUCGGUCGUCGACGGUAUGGAAGCGGACAGUUUGCACAGCAGUUUGGAGAUAUUUUCGAUCUGCUUCUCGUAGCAAUUCAUCAUCUGGCGCAACCUAGUGCUAUGUUGAGGACUGGUGUCGGCUGCGUUAUCGCAUUCGGCCAUCUCACGUGACAGCUCCAGCGCUUUCCCGCGCAAUUCCCGCAGCUUCUGACGCAGCCGAUUGCGACGAUACUUGAUCUUGUAGCCAUCGCUCUUUGGCGAGGAUCGCCGACCCUUGUCCCGUGUCGACGGUUCGCCGAGUUCCUCCUUCUCCGAGAUCACGCUGCUCCAGAAGGAAGUGGCGGAAUAACCAGACGGCGACUCCGGACGUGGCGUGGCCCCGGUGACGAUGCGAUAGUUGGACUCGUUCUCCGACUUCCCGGCAUUCAUCUCGACGUUGCGGUAUUCGUUGGUGGUGCUCGCUGAAAAUAAAAAAGUCAAACAAUUAAUAAGAUUUCCUUGGUCUUCUCUCCCUCCGGCUCCGUCGUUGAUACUACGACUGAUGACGAAUAUCUCUUAGCAUCCCACAAUCUUAUCACCACGUGCUGCUGCGAUCUCUUUUCUCCUUUGUCGAUCAAAUUACUCGAACAACUUUUGGAGUACUCUUUCAAAAUAUUCUUGACACGUUCGUCCUGUACGUGACUGGCGUCCACUUCGUGGGAUUUCCUCCGCUUCUUCACGUCUUUGGUUGGAAAGAUAAGGGACAAAAGCGGUGCAAGAAAAUAUCUGAUACCUUCGAAAGUACCUACGAUCUACCCAAAGAUCAUGACGAAGAAGGAGUACGAGGACCUGAAGGAACGCAGCAAUAUGAUCACAAAGGAAGAGAAGCUAGCUAUCGCAGAGGCUGCUGAGAAGGAGAAGGAGAGAUUGACGAAAGAGAGUAUCGAGCGGAAAGAGAAGAUCCGCAGGAUGGAUCUGAGGAAAGGCCGCGAGAAGGAUCCCAGGACAAGAGAGAUCGAGGAGGAGGCCAGAAGACGAACGAUGCACGUCCUCGAACGUGCAUACAACAUGCGGAUGGAGCAAGAAGAAGAAAUACAGAGGUGCAACCGGCUUAUCCUGGAGACCAAAUGCCGGGCCAUCCGCGACGCCCAAAUUGCGGAGAAAAAACUGAUAGAACGGGAGCUUCGCGAGGAGGAGAAGCGGCUGAACGAUAUGAUGGAAAACGAGAGGAGAUGGGUGAUCAAGGAGGAAUUGCGGAAGGAGCAGGAGGAGACGGCCAAGAGGCUGCGAUUCGCCAAGAUUCUGAAGGAGCAGAUCGUGGAGAACGAGGAGCAACGGAUCCUCGAGUUCGAGAGAAAGCAGGAGGAAAGUCGGCUCAUCAAUUUAAAUAACAUCGCCUGGCAGCAGGACGAGAUCGAGAAGCUGCGCAACAAAGAGGCCGAGAGUUUUAAAGUUCGACAAGAACUUGCGGAGGGAAACGAACAAUUGAAACACUUUAAAGCUAUGGAACAAGAGGAGAAUAAAAUUAUAGAUCUCAGGAUACAAAACUAUCAUCGACUGAAAGAGAAACGAGAGGCUAAAAAGGCGGAGGAGCAGAAAUUCGAAAAAUUAAGGAAGGAGCGAGAAAAAGCUAGAGUGGCAACACAAACGAUGCAAGCGCACGAAUUUCAGGCACAAAUUGAUGAAAUCAAUGCGGCGCGAGUUCAAGAAGAAGUAGAACGAGAAUGGAGACAAAAGGAAAAGGAAGAAACGUUGAAGAAACUGUAUGCUCAAAGAAUUCUUCAAAGAGAACGAGAAGAACAAAUAAAUAAUAAGCGAAUAAUGCAAGCUAUCGAAAUCGAGCGAGAUAGACGGGAAUUCGAGAGGAUCGUGCGUGUACAACGAGCAGCUUUUUGCAGAGAAAAGAAGGAACUCGAGCAGAAACAACAGCAGGCCUUGCUCCAUCGCAGUGAAAUAUUAAAGCAGGUAAAUAAAAAGGAACGAGAACGUAUCGCUGAACGACAAAAGAUGUUUGAAGAAGGUCUAACGAUCCGUGCAGAGACUGCGAUACGUAAGAAGAAACUGCAAGACGCAAUGGAAAGGAAGUGCCAAGAGAUGAGGGAGAACAAAGUACCGGAUAUUUACAUUAAUGAAGUAAAACGAAUGAUCGAAAAUAUUCAAUGAUUAAAUUAUUCCAUCAGGAUGCUUAUUGAAAACAAAUGUGAACACCUAUUAAGUCUAAGUUUUAAAUAUGCAAAACAAAAAUCACUUUGAUUUUAUACAAAACUAUGUGCAAAUAUGAUUAUGCAAGGAAUAACUUAUAUGAAAAUAAAAAAUUCCUACUGAAAGUGCUA